AUGUCGCAGCAAGAGAACCAAGCUUUGGUGCUAGCCUGUGGAGAAUUGAAACUGGAAAAACGUCCUGUUCCAGAGCUCUGUCCUGGCGACGUUCUGCUGAAAAUGGGUUUUGUUGGGAUCUGUAGUACAGACGUCCAUUUCUGGUCAGAAGGAAAAUUUGCGGAUAUGUGCGUCAAGAAACCCCUUGUUCUUGGGCAUGAAGCCUCGGGGACUGUGGUUAAAGUGUCCUGUGGCGUAAACCAUCUCAAAGCAGGCGACAAGGUUACCAUCGAACCCAUCGUCCCCCGGGAGAACGAUGAAUAUGUUAGAAUUGGGCGUUACAACCUGUCCCCAACAAGCUUCCAGGCCGGAUUUCCUAAUGAUGAUGGGGCUAUGUGCCGAUUUUAUGUCCACAAAGCCAACUAUUGUUACAAGCUUCCUGAAUGUGUGAGCUUAGAAGAAGGUGCGUUAGUUGAGCCUCUCUGUGUCGCAAUUCAUGCCUGUCAAAGAGGGCGAGUGAAAGUGGGCCAAAAGGUUUUUAUCUGUGGAGCCGGGCCAAUUGGAUUGUUGACUCUACUUGUUUGCAAGGCCAUAGGAGUGACUAUGACUGUAGUUUGCGAUAUGUGUCAGGAUCGAUUGGAGAAGGCAAAAUGUUUCGGGGCCACUAUUGUCCUGAAGGUCGAUAAAUGUACAUGUCCUAUGGAACUGGCCCAGAAAGUGAAGAACUCUCUCUGUGCCAUGCCCGACAUAUGCCUUGAAUGCACUGGGUCUGAUACCUGUGUCCAGGCUGGUGUCUAUGCUGUCAAACCUGGUGGGAUAGUGGUAUUGGUUGGCAUGGGACUGGUUACAGCAAAUAUCCCUGUAACACAAGCAACAAUGCGAGAAGUGGAUAUCCGCGGGAGCUACAGAUACACAAACACAUGGCACACAGCAAUCGCCCUGAUCGCUUCAAAGAAAGUGGAUGUCAAAUCUCUGAUCACGAGUCGCUUUGGACUGGAGCAGGCCCAGGAAGGAUUUGAGUGUGUAAAGAAAGGAGCUGGAAUCAAAGUGCUUCUGAAUUGUGAACAGCAGCAGCAGCAAUGCCCAUCGCUGUGCCCACAGCAACAAUGUGUCCAACAGCAAUCGCAAUGCCAAACAAGGCAGUGUCCCCAGCACAGCUUCUUCUGA